AUGGCUUGGCAAUGGUAUAUUCUCCGAGCUAUCCAGUCAAUGGAGAUCCUCCGCCAACCAGGAUUCCACCGUGCUGUCGGACGUAUUCACAAAGCCGUUCACGAGCAGAAAUAUGGACGCACCGAGCCAGUCCAAGGCGAGGCUACAGCCGAUCCCUCAGGGUCAAGUUUCCUGAAGCACUUCCGCGACGAGAUCUCCAACCAAUUCCGAGGCAAACCGACCGACGUCGGCCCCAAGAAGUGA